UCUCUCUUUGAAUUAUUUUGAUGUUCUGAAAAUUAAAUGUAAUAUUUUUUCUUUCAUGUCAGACCUGAUGGAAGAGAGCGAGGAGAGUGAAGAACUGAGUGGAGUGAAGGAGGAGAGAGAAGAACUGAGUGAAGUGAAGGAGGAGAGAGAAGAACUGAGUGAAGUGAAGGAGGAGAGAGAAGAACUGAGUGAAGUGGAGGAGGAGAGAGAAGAACUGAGUGAAGUGAAGGAGGAGAGUGAAGAACUGAGUGAAGUGAAGGAGGAGAGAGAAGAACUGAGUGAAGUGAAGGAGGAGAGAGAAGAACUGAGUGAAGUGAAGGAGGAGAGAGAAGAACUGAGUGAAGUGAAGGAGGAGAGAGAAGAACUGAGUGAAGUGAAGGAGGAGAGAGAAGAACUGAGUGAAGUGAAGGAGGAGAGAGAAGAACUGAGUGAAGUGAAGGAGGAGAGAGAAGAACUGAGUGAAGUGGAGGAACAUCAUGUCAAACCUGGAGAAAAACCUUUGAGUCGCUCAAAGACUAAAAAUAAAUUUUUAAAGAAAACAAGAGCCAAGAAAUCUUUCACCUGCACUCAGUGUGGAAAGAGUCUCACAACCAAACAACAUCUUGAAAUUCACAUGAGGAUCCACACCGGAGAGAAGCCGUUCUCAUGUGAUCAGUGUGGGAAGAGUUUCACACGAAUAACAAAUCGUAAUCAACACAUCAGAGUUCACACUGGAGAGAAGCCGUUCUCAUGUGAUCAGUGCGGCAAAACAUUUAGUAGGGCAUCACACCUGAAGACACACCUGAGAGUUCAUACGAAGGAGAAGCCACAUUCAUGUUCUGUGUGUGGAAAGAGCUUUUCACAGCGGCAACAUUUACAUACACAUGAGAAAACUCACACUGGUGUGAGAGAGUACAUGUGCUUUGAGUGUGAGAAGACUUUUACUUUAGCAAGUGGUUUAAAACAGCACCAGAGAAUUCACACUGGAGAAAAACCUUACAAGUGUUCACACUGCGACAAGAGAUUCAGUGUGUCGGGAGAUCUGAAAACACAUGAGAGGAUCCACACUGGAGAAAAACCUUACAAGUGUUCACACUGUGACAAGAGAUUCAGUCGGUCAUCAUCUCUGAAAACACAUGAGAGGAUCCACACUGGAGAAAAACCUUACAAGUGUUCACACUGUGACAAGAGAUUCAGUGAGUCAUCAUCUCUGAGAACACAUGAGAGGAUCCACACUGGAGAACAACCUUACAAGUGUUCACACUGUGACAAGAGAUUCAGUCAGUCAUCAUCUCUGAAAACACAUGAGAUGAUCCACACUGGAGAGAAGCCGCACACGUGUGAUCAGUGCGGGACGAGUUUCUCUUUAAAAACUCACCUGAAGCUACACAUGAAGAUCCAAAACACAGGUCUGACCGGGUUCACAAGUAUGAAUUUGUUCAUCACUAACUGUGCAAGCCCUCCUCUCCUCUAUGACAGGAGUGCUGAUAUCCUGCGAGCUGUGCUGAGUGAAGUGAUGGAGAGAGAAGAACUAAGUGAAGUGAAGGAGGAGAGAGAAGAACUGAGUGAAUUGAAGGAGGAGAGAGAAGAACUGAGUGAAGUGAAGGAGGAGAGAGAAGAACUGAGUGAAGUGGAGGAGGAGAGAGAAGAACUGAGUGAAGUGGAGGAGGAACAUCAUGUCCAACCUGGAGAAAAACCUUUGAGUCGCUCAAAGACUAAAAAGACAUUUUUAAAGAAAACAAGAGCCAAGAAAUCUUUCACCUGCACUCAGUGUGGGAAGAGUUUCACACGCAAACAACAUCUUGGGAUUCACAUGAGGAUCCACACCGGAGAGAAGCCGUUCUCAUGUGAUCAGUGUGGGAAGAGCUUCAGUCAAUCAGCAUACCUUAAUGUUCACAUGAGGAUCCACACCGGAGAGAAGCCGUUCUCAUGUGAUCAGUGUGGAAACAGUUUCACACGCAAACAACAUCUUGGGAUUCACAUGAGGAUCCACACCGGAGAGAAGCCGUUCUCAUGUGAUCAGUGUGGAAAGAGUUUCAGUCAAUCAUCAUCCCUUAAUGCUCACAUGAGGAUCCACACCGGAGAGAAGCCGUUCUCAUGUGAUCAGUGUGGAAACAGUUUCACACGCAAACAACAUCUUGAGAUUCACACGAGGAUCCACACCGAAGAGAAGCCGUUCUCAUGUGAUCAGUGUGGAAAAAGUUUCACACGCAAACAACAUCUUGAGAUUCACAUGAGGAUCCACAUCGAAGAGAAGCCGUUCUCAUGUGAUCAGUGUGGAAAGAGUUUCAGUCAAUCAUCAUCCCUUAAUGUUCACAUGAGGAUCCACACCGGAGAGAAGCCGUUCACAUGUGAUCAGUGCGGCAAAACAUUUCUUAGGUCAUCAGAGCUGAAGACACACCUGAGAGUUCAUAUGAAGGAGAAGCCGCAUUCAUGUUCUGUGUGUGGAAAGAGCUUUUCACAGCGGCAACAUUUACAUGCACAUGAGAGAACUCACACUGGUGUGAGAGAGUACAUGUGCUUUGAGUGUGAGAAGACUUUUACUUCAGCAAACAUUUUAAAACAGCACCAGAGAAUUCACACUGGAGAAAAACCUUACAAGUGUUCACACUGCGACAAGAGAUUCAGUGUGUCGGCAGAUCUGAAAACACAUGAGAGGAUCCACACUGGAGAGAAGCCGCACACGUGUGAUCAGUGCGGGACGAGUUUCUCUUUAAAAACUCACCUGAAGCUACACAUGAAGAUCCAUACACAGGGUUUCCGCGGGGCAGUAAAAAGCAUUAAAAGUCCUUAA